CAGUCGAAAGGUCGCAUUUUCUGCCUUCUCGUAUCGCGCACCGCAUUUAGUGUACAAAAAUUUAAUCGUCUUACGCCAGCCAACAGCAAAGGUGCUGCUAGAACACGACGAGUAUCGCGCGGCGGUGAAAAAAUCUAGCAAAUUGUGGAAUCCGGAUCUGUACCCGAACAAAAAAAACGCAGCUAACCCAUCGCUGGAGGCUUCAGUUUUGGGUCGUAGUUUGUUGUGGGUGGGAAAAAAGUUUGGCUGCGUAUUUCCGUUUCCAGAUGUUUAUCUUUUCCCGAAGCAGCUAAUAGGUGGAAUUGUGAAAUUUGUGAUUUUUUCUACUAAAUUCGAGUGCAUGUUUUUGCUGCGAUUACGUUUAUCGCUGCCAGCGGAUUAGUGUGGUUGCCUGCCAUCUGUUUUGUUUACACGAACUUUUUGAUUCCGGCGCUGCCUUCUGUAAAAUAUGGCCGAGGAAAAGCUAAUCCCAGAAAGCCCGGCGGAGGAGGCCGGAUUCCUGUCUAGUUUCGUGAGCGAAAUUGUUAACAGUCCCCUAAAUCUGGUCCUGGUCGGGGUGAUAACGUUCCUGAUCUACAAAAUAUUCCGCACCCGACAGCAGCCGAUUUCCGUUCCAGCUCCGGCUCCGGAGCUACCCCGGCUAAGGAAAGAUUUCACCGUAGCAGAGCUGCGCCAGUUCGAUGGCACCCAACCGGAUGGACGAGUUCUGGUGGCCGUAAACGGCAGUGUCUAUGAUGUAACCAAAGGCAAACGAUUCUACGGACCCGGUGGUCCCUACGCAGCCUUCGGCGGCCGAGAUGCCUCCCGAGGUCUGGCGACAUUCAGCGUGACCAGCAACGAUCAAGUCGAGUACGACGAUCUGAGCGAUCUGACCCCGAUGGAGAUGGAAUCCGUUCUGGAAUGGGAGAUGCAGUUCAAAGAAAAAUACAUUCUGGUCGGUCGUCUGCUCAAACCCGGUGAGCAACCGACAAACUACUCGGACGAGGAUGACGAAACUACCAAUGAAUCGACCCCAACCGGGGAUAAAACGGCAAAAGCACCUGUUGCGGCUGCAGCAAGUAAUACAACCAGUAAUACCGCCAAAACGACAAGUGACAGCAGCAGUAAACCGGAACCUGCGGAAGCUGCUGCGGCGAAAAAGGCCGAACAACCGUCCAAGGUGGAGGAAGUGAAAACAGUGGGCGGCGGGGAUCACGCAGAGUGACGCCACAAUCGCAACAACAACAACAACAAUAACUGUAGCAGCACUAACUUCGUCGUCGGAUGUAACCAAUAUGAUAACAACAAUAAGAGUAGCAGCAACACCAGGAUAGGCAACAACAGCAGCAAUGAUCAGGGUAACGGAAGCCGGAGGAGAAGAAGCAGCAGCAGGGAUUCGGAACAACAGUUAGGGCAUCGGGAUAAUGACGAUGAUGAUGAUGAGUACGCCGCCAGGGGAAACAACCGGCAGUUGUUAUUUGAUCAGCACAGCAUUUGCGAUAUGUUUGGCUUUUAACGUUUAGAUGAAUUUUUUUCUGGUUUUUUUACUCUCUCUAGAGUAAGAUUUCCUCCGGGGUGGAAUGCGUUGUGCAUAAGGAGACAGGUCUGUGGGGUUUUGUUUUCCGGUACAUAUGUGUGUAGGUUGGAUUCGGUGUCAAAUUUCGUUUUUAUGUCGCGUUAAAGAUUUGUAUAGCAUGAUAUAUGUAAAAAUUUAAUGAAUUUCGUCGUCAUUACUGGUGGAAUGUCAAUUAAACUUUAGUAGGGCUGGCUCAUAUAUGUGCUAUUUAGGCUAAUAAAUUCCUAUGAAUUGUGUAUAAAACAGAUCAAAGCUGACAAAACUUUUGUAGAAUUCUUCGCUUUUAUGUGUUGGUUUUGUCGAUUUUUUUUUUAUCUUUUGUGAGGCAAAAUUGUUAUUAUGUAACGAAAAGUAGCCUAUCUCAAAUUUAUUUAACUUAUGAGUCAUCGAUCUAGAUCACUUAAUUCAAUGCCUGAGAAGUCUUUACAUGUCCAAUGCAUGCGCAAACAAAUAGAGUAACCUUUGAACUUAUACAAUAUGGAUUAUUGACUAUUCAAAAGUUGUCUUAAAAGGAAAAUAAAUUGCUUACUUUGAACCAAUAAGACCGAUCACUGGUUAUUUGACCUAGAUUUCAAGAAUGUUCCGCCAAAUUUAAAGAAGCGAUGUUCUUCUAAAAUGCUCAGAAAGAUAUUGACCAAAAAAUGUUGAAGCUAAAUUCUAGAUGCACUUUUUAAGAUGAGAUCGAAUAAGUUGAUAUUAACAUUUGGUUGCAGAGUGAGAAUCCAAAUCUUUAACAGAAAUUAAAGACCACAUAAAGGAUUCAGAAAAAUCAUGAACAUUUUGACUUUUUUCAUCAUUCAGAUCUUUGAACUAACAACUCAAUCUUUCAAGUUUGAAUUUAGAAUUCAAAGAUCAAUUUUUCAAAAAUACUGGAAAACGAACCUACGAAUGACAGAUCGAAAAAUCAUGUUUUGGAUUGAGAAACAAAAAUAUGGAAAGAUUAAUCAGUAAGACCUUUCAUUUUCAGUCAAUCUUUCAAGUAAAUUUUGGAAUCCAACUCACACGAAAAAAAGGUGCAACCAACUCUAGAAAACCCUAUCUAAAUGUUCGUAGAUCACACAAUGUCUGCUGGAAUAUUCAUAACAUAUUUACAGUCCCGGAUCUAUGGGUCUUAUAAUUCUAAAUCAGAACUUACAAAAAUAAGAUCAUUUCAAUACAAAAUGAUAAGAAUGAAACAACAGGCCGAGACUUUAGGGAACUUUUCUGGAAAAUGAUUGACAGUUUGAAGGAUAUUUUUGUACUUUUAUUAUUCUGGUAGCGUACUAUUUAUCUGAUUUAUAAAUAUUUUAUUUGCUGCUGCUCAAUGUAAAAAAUAUCUAUCAAACUACUAGCGGUCAAUCGUCAGAACAACAUCUAAGAUUAUCUCUGCCGUUUGGACCCAGAGUUAUGAGAAAAACAAAAGUAAACCAACAACAUCAGAUGACUAUUUACACAAAACUAACAUAAGAAAAAAACUGAAGAAAAAUCUAAAAAAACUAGUAAAACCUCUUGUUUUAAAAUAUUUCUGAAAAAAACUAACAACUUCAUACAUUCAAAAAACAGGAUAAUGGCCAAACAGAGAAAAAGGAAGCUGAUCAAAAAUGGCUGUUGCCGCGAUCCAUUGUUGUUUGCUGCUUCCGGCCGUAAGAUUUCGUUUGAGCAUAAACAAAAAAAAAACACUUCAAUGAGUGGGAAAGCUACUAAAAGCUGCAAAGAAAAUAGCUUUUUUUUUAUUUCGUAAAAACAUACUGAAACACAAAAACACAUUCAAACCUAUAUAUUUCCAUUAUCAAUCAAUGUUGUUGCGGUCCCAAGGAUUAGUUAGCUAGUAAGUAAAACCACAAAAUUGAAAAUAAAAAAAAAAACGGUGGAAGCUGGACGUUUUUUUGGCUCUUGUAGAUUGUCGUUUAUUUAAAAAAAACCUACGUUUGAUAAAAAAAAAAAAAAACCUUUCCAAUUUUUAGUUGGAAAUUGUACAAGAUUGAAAAAACAAAAGCAAAUUUCAAAAUUAGGAACGAAAAAAAGGUAGGUGUUACAGUUGGCAGUCUAUCUCUAGGUAAGAGCUCUUAAGUUUUAAGGAACAUACUAAGUUAACGACAUUGCUUUUUAUAUUGAUUAUAUGAAAUUACCAACAACGGCCUGGCUAAAAUAAAUGUUUUUUACAUUAUUAAACGAAUCGAAUUGAAAACAAAUUCAAAAACAAGUUAAAGGAAAAAUAGCUUUUUAUGUGUCCCUCACAAGCAAGAAGUCGUUAGCAUUCACAAGGCACGGGCACAAACAACACCGACCCAUACACAAACACAAGCAUCUUCGAGCUUUUUCUUGCCUCUUGUUCUGAGUGUUAGCUGCGUUAAGUGGAUUAGUAGACUACUCACAAAAACAUGCAAAUCAAUCCCAACAAACAACACUUUAUCGGCGGGACAAGUUUUUGUUUUCAGUUUGAGCAAAAGAAGAAAAAAAAAGAACAAGUUAAUUAGGUUGGUAAAAAUGUUUUACACGUGCCACGUGCGCGAAAAAAGGCCUGCGUUUAGCCAGGUGGACGAUGGGAAUAUAAUUGUAUAAAAGUAAACAGGAAAACAGUUUA